GUUUAGAAUAUUAUGCGAUAGAGUUGAUUACCCUGCGAUUAGAGGCGCGCGAUGACGCGCGGGUUGAACUUGCGCGGAUUAGGGCCUGAACUGCACACAGGAUGACGAUGACUAGUGAGGCUUAGUUCUGACCAGAACACCGGAACAGUGAGUUGGGCGAUGGGUUCUCCUAGUGGGUUUGGGAUUCUACUUUUCAUCGGGAUGUUCCUGGUGGAGGGUGGAUCAGUUCCGUUGGAAGAUUUUGCGGUUAGUGAUAACGAAUUGGAGCUGAUGGAGCGGACAGACAACUGGUUCAAGGUGGACGAUGAGGAUGCGGAUAUGCUGGUGCCGGAGCUGAUCUCCAAGUACGGGUAUAAGGUUGAAAGUCACUCGGUGACCACCGAGGAUGGGUACGUGCUAAAGAUGUUCCGGAUUCUUCCAAGAGAGCAACCAACCGUGAAGAAGCUACCUGUUCUGAUGGUUCACGGACUGUUGGGCAGUUCGGCGGACUUUGUGAUCAGUGGUCCCAACCACAGCUUAGCGUACCUGCUAGCUGACGAUGGUUACGAGGUCUGGCUGGCCAACGUUCGUGGAUCGCGUUACUCCAAAGCACACUCCACUAUGUUGAUUCAAUCCAAAGAAUACUGGGACUUUACCUGGCACGAGAUGGGAUACUACGAUCUACCAGCCAUGAUCGACCACGUGCUGAACAUCUCCAACUCCAACAAGCUGUUCUACAUUGGUCACUCGCAAGGAACCACUGUAUAUUUUGUAAUGUCCAGCAGUCGACCGGAAUACAACGACAAGAUCGCCCUCAUGACCGCCCUCGCCCCAGCGGUCAUCCUGAAGCGCGUUAAGAGUCCGAUCCUGCGCUUCAUGCUCCAAACCUCAGACACACUCAAGAAGGUCCUCGACGCGUUGCACAUCUACGAGUUCCUCCCACACAACGAGAACAACCAUCGCAUCGCGCAAAUUCUGUGUCCACCGGAAGAAAAGAACAACGCGUGCACCCAGAUCGUCGGACUCAUCACCGGACCCCAUCCGGAGAUGUUCGACCAAUGGUUGGCCCUAACCUACCAGGGUCACGCCCCGGCCGGCGCCUCAACCAAACAGAUGAUGCACUUUGUCCAGCUGAUACGCAGCGGUGGACAGUUCCAGCAGUACGAUUACGGCCGAAAGGGGAACCUUGAAGCAUACAGCAGCGGGAAGGCUCCAGCGUACAAUCUGACAGCUUCGACGGCGCCGGUACUGAUCUACUACGGGCUCAACGAUUGGAUGGUUCACCCGAAGGACGUUGAGACGUUUUCCAAAAUGCUGCCCCGGUUGGUGGCGGCGAUUCCCGUUGCCGAUCGGAAGUUUAACCAUUUGGACUUUUUGAUUGCGAAAGAUGCCCGGAUGCAGGUCUACGAUAAGCUGCUACCGAUGCUGGAUCAGUACAGUGGAAAGCGCUAGAACGCAGUAGGCGUUGACGCAUUAGUUUGUGAUGCACUCAAGUUAGGUAUUUAAUCAAAGCAAGCUGUGAUUGUUCCAAUGCCGGAUAAUGGCGGCAAUUUGUAGGAAAUAUUUAUGAUGCCGGUUUGUUGAUUGGUUUGUGCCACAGGCUGGUUAAUGGGGCACAUAGCAUGAAGAAAGUACCGUCAUCUGGGGUGAAUCGGGACUACAGUCUGAAUAGGGACAGCAGUGUUUAGAGUACUUAAAGGUUUUAAAUUUGGAAAUGGAUGUACACAUUUUGUUGGUCUGAGUCUGUUCUAUCCGAAACCAAUCAGAAAAAUCAAAAUAUUGUGCUCUAACAUGGUUGAAACUGCUGUCCCAAUUCGCCCCAUGUGUCCCAAUUCACCCCAGUU